CCGAUUUGUACCCAUAAACAAGUUUGGUGACCAAAUUGAGAUAUCCGCUCCCAAUACAUCAUCAGGAACCGUGCCGUACCGGAGCUAGAACCUUCCGCUGUACCAGCUCCGAGCUCUCUCCUCUAAUUCCGUUUCUUUAGUCGUCGAGAAGAGAAGAGAGAAAUAUUUGUGCCUUCAAACUGGGAUUCGGGCUCAUCAAUACUAGCCACUCGCCGUCCGGAUUAGGGUUUUGGUUCCUUCGCCGGGAAUUCUGAUUCAUUCGCUUUUGAAAGUCAUCUGAAAAUGCAAGGAGGAAGGGGAGGCGGGGAUCCCUUUUUUGGUUUCGGUGGUGAUCCAUUUGCUGGUUUUGGGGGAUUUGGAGGAUUUGGAGGGCGGAGGAGCAUGUUGUCUGGCAUUUUCGAGGGGAGGAACCCAUUUGACGAUCCUUUCUUUACUCGUCCAUUUGGAGGAAUGUUCGAGCCCAGUUUCUUUGGUCCCAAUGCAAAUCCUUUCGUGCCUAUGCAUCCACCUGCAUAUAUCGAGCAUCAAGCUCCAGUACCCAACAGGUCACAGGGGCCAAUCAUUGAGGAACUAGAGUCUGAUGAUGAGAAGCAGGAUGCUGAUAAGGAGAGGAAAGAGAAUUCCAGAAAGCAUGGUAGGUCUGGUAAAGGGCCAUAUGUUGAGGAAGUGGAUGAAGAAUAUGAAGCAGGGAGGCACCGCAAGAUGUUGAUGGCUGGAAAUAGGCAUAACAAUUUCAGUAGAGUGCAGUCUAAGCCUCCUCAAAGUCAGAGCUUUGUGUUUCAAAGUUCAAGUGUCUCAUACGGUGGUGCUGGUGGAACUUAUUACACUUCAUCCAAGACAAGGAGAACGGGAAGUGACGGGGUAACAUAUGAAGAAAGCAAAGAAGCUGAUAGUUCUACAGGCAAAGCAUCUCACAGGAUUUCAAGGGGGCUACACAACAAGGGUCAUACCGUAGCACGGAAGCUUAACUCAGACGGGAAUGUGGAUUCACAGCAGAUCCUGCAUAAUCUUGAGCAAGACGAACUUCCUAAUUUUGAACAAGCUUGGAAUGGUAGUGCUGGACCUCAUUUGCCUGGCUGGGGAAGAAACUUCAAUGGUCGUGAGAAUAUGAGCCGUCAUUUGUCUAAUUAUCAGGGCUGUUGGCAGUUCCCAGAAUAAUCCACAGGUAGGUCAUGGAGGGUGGGCACUUCCUUCGACAGAACGUCCGAAUCCGAUUGGCCGGUCGGUUGUAAGCCACCCGGCAGAGGGGAGUGGAUCUUCACGGCGACAGGUCUCAGGAAUGGCGAAUCGUGCAUCUGCCAGAGACAAGCAUCACCAUUCUUCUGGACGGGAAGGAAGAGAUUAGGCUGCUUGAAGAGACCAUAGUCUCCGUUCUGCUGCUGCUUAAACUUGUAUACAAUCUUAAGUAGAUAGUCCACUUUAGUCUAUAUAUACAAAAUAGCUGUGUUCCACAUAUGGAUGAGUGUUCGAGGUAUGCUGAAACUAGCCAGGCAACUGCUAGAACUUGAAUCGUGCCCCUACUUGCUGGCUACGGCUUAUGAUCUCUGUAUCAAAGGCCUUAAAGGGAAAUGGAGCUACUCCAUGCGAAUGGAGUCAUUACAGAAGGGUUGUAUUUCGAUGUAGCAUGUAAAUAGCUGUAUGUUUCAAAGAACAAUGAGAAAAGAAUGGAGUUACUAGUAUCCAAUCUUGCAUUAAAGGUUUUAAAAGAAGUCCUAUGAAUCU